AUGACCUCCGCCGUCACUCCUUUUCUCCCCUUUCAUGAAGGGAAUAUAAAGAACUGGUUCCUGCAAAUGGAAGCUAUUUUUACAGUCAGAAGGAUUACAGACCAAAAAACAAAGUUUGGCCACGUGGUGGCGGUGUUGCCACCCGCCAUUGUCGACGAAGUAUCAGACUUCCUAGAAGCCGUUCCGGAGGUAGAACCCUACGCCCGGUUAAAAGAAGCGAUCUUAAGGAGAAUGGGCCGUACGGAGGAAUCAUUAAUCCGGGAACUAUUUAGCAACCUAACUUGCGAUGGCAGGACUCCCUCACAACUUCUUCGUUAUAUGAAAAGCCGACUCGGCAAAAAUACCAUGGCUGACUCUAUAUUGAAAAGCUUGUGGCUGGACCGUCUCCCCACCACCAUUACCCAAAUUUUGGCGCCUAUGUCCGAGAACACCCCAAUCGACCAGUUAGCGGACGCCGCUGACCGUAUUUUCUCGCAACUGGAUCAUCAGACAACGCCAGUACACAGUGCUGAAGCGAUUAGUGACCACAGGUCCUUGGGAAAAACAGUGGAGGAUUUGCAGCGCCAAGUUAGAGAUUUAACAUUAGCUCUAGAAAGCCAUGGUCGAAGCCGGUUCCCUUCCCGCCGGCGCUUCAGGAGUCGACCUCGCUCGUCCAGUCGAAACAAGGAUGCGACUUCUAUGUGUUAUUACCACCGCCGAUUUGGGUCUGCAGCACACUACUGCACCAAGCCGUACCCAUACUGCGGUCGCGGAAAACAAAACCGCCAGCGAGUGAAAGCGACUAAUCUCGCUGGCAAGGCAUUUUCACCGAAGCUUAGUCGCCUUUUCUACGUGACGGAUACACGUAAUAAUUUACGUUUUUUGGUUGACACCGGCGCUGCCAUUAGUGUCUUACCCGUGCGUGAUAAAGCACGUCAACAACCUUUUCAGCUCCGCUUACAAGCAGCAAAUGGUCCCAGUCUUAAUACUUACGGUACGAAGUCCCUUACCCUAAACAUAGGAAUGCGACGAGACUUUACCUGGAAUUUUACUGUUGCUGACGUCCAGAUGCCGAUAUUAGGUGCCGAUUUCCUGGCGCACUAUGAUCUAGCCGUUCGAAUGAACAAUCAUUCCCUAACAGACAACUUAACAAGACUGUGUGUUCUUGGCACUUACUCUAAACUUACCACCACUGGCAUCACCGUGGCAACUUGCCACAAUAAAGAGUACUUAGUCUUAUUGAAUCAGUACCAGGACCUCCUGCGUCCUGCUGGAUCUAUUGAUUCAACUAAACAUCAAACACAACACUUUAUUAAGACCACUGGUCAACCUGUUUUUCCGUCCUCGUCGUCUAGCACCUAA